AUGCUUGCAAGCAUUCCUCUGGCUCUCGCUCUGCCAGCUGAAGUUCAACCCUCUGUCGAACAAGCAAAGCUUCCUGACGAGCUGGCCAAGGUCCAUCAAGUUGACCCUGACAACUGGCUCCAGGCGGUCAAGGAAGAAGCUGCCAGGCAGGAAGCCAUAGCCGCCAACGAAACCGACACCCUCGAUUCCAGAGCCAGUUGGAUCUUCCAAAUCUAUGGCAUGUACACUGACCGUCUGGUCAACGUGGGCGAUGUCGAUACCUUCUACAUGCUCUGGCAGCGCAUGUACGACGUAUCCAACGACCGCGGAGGUCUCUCCGAUGUCAGCCGUGGUGCUUGGAGCAAGUUUUGCAACGGUCCUUCUGCAGGCGCCGGCGUCAGCACCAACUUUAUCCUUGAUGGUCAAUGGGGCGCUGUGGGCCGUGUGACUGGUUGGGCGAUGCGAGAUGCCUUGAUUCGCUCCAUGUGGAAGAUGGCCGAUGGACUUGGCCAGAAGAACGGUUACACUGUCUAUAACAAUUGUUACGGCUUUACCUGGCAGGAGGGUAAGCCGAACAAGGCCAACUCUGCCUGUGGCGGCUUGUCAAAGACCAAAUGUCCCAAGAACAAGGACUGUCCGUUGGAGGGUAUGGAGUGCACUGGCAUGAAAUGGGGCACCUGGCUUCCUAGCAUCAUGCGCAUGAACGUCUACAACCGCGACGGAUCGCUCCGUGCCGAUGCCUACCAAGCUCGAGUCGCCUCCCAGGCCCUUGGUUCGGGUGGUUGUGGAAAGGCAGGGGCUAUUGCUGCCUUUGUUGCUGACUUUAUCCCGAUUGCCGGUCCAUACUUUGCUACUGGUCUUCGUAUCAACUGUCUGUUUCAGUAG